AUGAAGAGGUUUACGAAGAGUCACUGUAUUUGGCGUGCGGAUUACAGGAACGCUGGCCUUCGCAGCGGCGACAGAUUCGCGUUCAUGGCAACUCCUGGCAUCGAAUACAUUUCUUGUCUUUGGGCGGCGUGGUCAGUCAAUGCUAUUGCUGUUCCCUUGUCGUUGAAAAGUCCAGUUCCGGAAAUUGAAUAUGUUCUUCAAGAUGCAAGUCCCUCAGUUUUGUUCGCUUCUGAUCCCUUCCAUUCAAUCCUUUCUGCCGCUAAUCAGAACCACUCAAUCGACUUUACGACUCCAAAAUCCGAUUUCGUCCCGGUAGUUCAUUCUCCAGAGCACACCGACCCGGCAUUAAUGAUUUACACAUCGGGCACGACUGGCAGACCGAAAGGUGCACUUCACACUUGUGGCAGUCUGUCUGCUCAAGUAGCUACAUUAGUAUCCGAUUGGAAGUACACAGAAUCCGACUGUUUUAUUCAUUGCCUCCCUCUCCAUCAUGUACACGGGUUAGUGAACUGUCUGGUAGCGCCAACAAGCGUCGGAGCAAGUCUCAGAAUGCAUGAGAAGUUCAAUCCAGCGGAUGUUUUGGAUGAUUUGAUGAAGAAAGAUGAGCCGAGAGCGAAUAUUCUAAUGGCAGUGCCGACGGUUUAUGUCAAACUGAUGGAGGAGGCCGUGAAGAAAGGAGUAGACAAACUCGACCUUGAUCAUAUGAGAAUGGUUGUUUCCGGAUCAGCCGCGAUGCCGAAACCAGUGAAUAACCGAUGGAAAAACCUGACUGACCGAGAUCUUCUUGAGCGCUAUGGAAUGACCGAAUUCGGCAUGGGCCUCUCUCAGCCGCUCUACACCAGCUCGCGGGAAGGAGUAGGACUACCAAUGAAACGGAAAAAGACUGGAGUCCAAGCGCGCAUCAGAUCUGACGAGACGGAUCAAAUCAUUUCUCAAGAGGAUGGAAGAGAAGUCCAAGGUCAAUUGGAAAUCAAAAGUGCGGGUUUAUUCAGAGAAUACUGGAAUCUGCCAGAAAAGACUGAUGAAGAAUUCACAGAAGACGGUUGGUUUAAGACUGGCGAUCAAGUGAAAUUUGAUGGGGAAAACUUUCACAUCUUGGGUCGAGCUUCAGUGGAUAUCAUUAAAUCUGGAGGAAACAAAAUAUCCGCGCUAGAAAUCGAACGAGUGAUGCUUGAGCACAAUGAUAUCAAGGAAAUUGCAUGUUUUGCCAUCCCAGACGAAUUUUUUGGCGAAAAAAUUGCAGCGGUGAUAGUUUCGAGGUCUAAAAUCAACGAAGAGAAGCUUAAAUCCUGGUGCAAAGAAAAUCUUGCGCCUUACAAGAUCCCAAGAGUAUUUGUCGAAGUUGAUGAGAUUGAGAAGAACGCUAUGGGAAAAAUAAAUAAAAAGACUCUGAAAAAAAUUCAUUUCCCAGACGUUUAA